GCCGCUCGGGGGAGGGGCGGCGCCUUCGCGCGGCAGUCGGCUCCGGCUCCGGCUCCGGCCGGGUGGAGCUGCGCGGCGUCCCCCGAGCCGCCAGGCGGCGCUGUGGCCGCGCCCCCUGUGACCCCGCGCCGGCCCGCGGUCCCGCACUCCCAGCAUGGCGGCCGCCCGUCUGCUCCGCGCCGUGGGCCGGCUGCGCCCCGAGCUGCUCCGUCCGCCCGCCGAGCUGCUGACCCCGCGGCGGGGCCACCGCCUGACGCCGGCGGACGACGAGCUGUACCAGCGGACGCGCGUCUCCGUGCUGCACCGCGAGGCCCCGCACUCCAUGUUCAUCGACAGCUACAGCAGCCGCGGCUUCGUGGUCAACGGGAACCGCGUGCUCGGGCCCUGCGCGCUGCUCCCCGGCUCCGCGGUGCAGUGGAACGUGGGCUCCCACCGGGACAUCACCGAGGAGAGUUUCUCCCUCUUCUGGAUGCUGGAGCCCCGAAUAGAGAUCGUGGUGCUGGGCACCGGGGACCGGUGUGAGCGGCUGCAGCCCCAGGUGCUCCGAGCCAUGCGGCAGAGGGGCAUCGCCGUGGAGGUGCAGGACACCCCCAACGCCUGCGCCACCUUCAACUUCCUGUGCCACGAAGGCCGCGUGGCGGGAGCGGCGCUCAUCCCGCCGCCCGGAGGCCGGGCGCUCGUCCCCCAGGCCCAGCCUCCUGCGGAGUGACCGCCGACCCAGGGGGGCCGGGCCGGAUGCCGACGGCGCC